AUGGCGUAUAUUAUCGGUAAACAAGGGAAGGAUUACGGCCUAAACAUACCAGUAUCAGCAGAUGUGCUGGAUGCAAUGAUUGAAAUCAACAACGCGCUUAUUGACCUGAUAAAUGGAUUUUUGCCGCCGUAUGACGAUGUCAAUUUUGAAGUAGAAACUCCUAAGAUACGUGGUGGCACACUGCUGUGGGAUAUCAUCAAUCGGUGUGCACUAAAGGAGAUGCUCGCUGCAUUUCACAGAUGUAAAUACGAAUCCACUGGAAUUCGCACCAUGACACUGUUAGGACUUGUCAGUAAAAUCUCACUGAUACAAAUCGAGAUUCAUCUGACCAAUUCAUAA